AUGGCUGCUCAAAAUCUAUCCAAACCUGAGUUCCGUCAAUGGAGGGAAUCCUUUGCGAGACUCGAGUCCCGGUUUGAAACGGUCUUCGCUGAGCUCCGAUCAACUCGAACCGUGUUCGAAUCCUGCCACACCCCUAGACCUCCACCACCUGUUUCCGCUACUGCACCACCAGCCGUGUCACCUGCUCCCGCCACACCACCUCAAAGUGUUGCCUGCCCACCAACAAAAACCACACCAGCCACCAAACUACCACUUUCACACGUGUCUUUUGUGACCACCAAACCAACACCAUCUACUGAAAACAUUGCACCUUCGAACCUACAGAUUACACCGUCCACAAUUUCGUCUCGUGUCUUCCGCCCUCCGCCAUGCCAACACAACCAAAACUUGCAAAAGGGCAACGAAACAACGAGAGAAGACGUAGCCGAUAAACGCGACUGGCACCCGCCUUGGCGCCCCGUUGUGACUGCUCCGAACGCGGUUGGAAGACUGGAUUGGCGCCCACCAUGGAAUUCGCUCAUAUUGUGCCUGGAAUUUUCAACCUUGCGGACAAGGUUUCUUCAAGGGGAAGGGAAUGAUAGAUUAGAAAGUGAGAAAAGUAAGAAUCAUCCCACAAAGAAAACUCAAGGACACAUACUCUCAGCUAAGUGCUAUAUAUGUGCAAGCAAAGUUAACAAAUUAGGAAUCUCUUCAUUCUCGCUUUCGUGUGAAGAACAGGUGACAUGCUUAUUGCAACUUAAAAGCUCUGAAGAACAUAUAGAAACGGAAUCAACCUUAGGCAUUUGUUUGAGGCCUGGAACCGGUGAUUCCCAUGACUUUUUCCCGGAGAAUCAAGCAUAUGCCCUUUUGCUAGAAGUGCAGGGUGAGAAGAGAAUUAUCCAGUGUCGUGCAGUUAUUCCAGUUUCAUCCUUACAUGAUAAUCUUAAUGAUAGAAUCAAAUGGUGGCCAAUUUAUCAUGAAGACAACGAAUGCAUAGGAAAGGUUCAGCUUUCCAUCACCAGUACGGUUACAUUCGAUGAAACUACUCACCUCAAGUGCGGGCCCAUUGUGGAAACGCCUGCAUACGAUUUACUAUUAGAGUCUGCCAUGCGUGCACAAUCGUUCCAUGUGCGUAAUUUAUGCGUUGUUGAACCUUGGAAAUGGUUGUUGACUGAGUUUUCUGAUUAUUAUGGAGUUUCAGAAUCGUACACUAAACUCAGGAUGAUCCCCUAUGUGUUGCUGCCAAACAAGAUGGGAAGAUAUUAGUCUCUAGUCUGUCGGUUGAUCACAGUUUUGAUGUCGGAGCGUCUAUGGAUACAACCUCGGUCACGAUGAUUAUUUAACUCGCAUGAAGAUUGUGAAAGAGAUUCACGAACACAAUGAAGUUUUGAGUUUUUUUUCAUACACUUGUUAGUUUAUUUGGGUUAUAUGUUUGAUCAUUAGGUUU